GGCUGAGAGAGACUGGGAGGCUGAGAGAGACUGGGAGGCUGAGAGAGACUGGGAGGCUGAGAGAGACUGGGAGGCUGAGAGAGACUGGGAGGCUGAGAGAGACUGGGAGGCUGAGAGAGACUGGGAGGCUGAGAGAGACUGGGAGGCUGAGAGAGACUGAAAGAGACUGGGAGCGAGAGAGGAUGGGAGGCUGAGAGAGACUGGGAGGCUGAGAGAGACUGGGAGGCUGAGAGAGACUGGGAGGCUGAGAGAGACUGGGAGACUGAGAGAGACUGGGAGGCUGAGAGAGACUGGGAGGCUGAGAGAGACUGGGAGGCUGAGAGAGACUGGGAGACUGAGAGAGACUGGGAGACUGAGAGAGACUGGGAGGCUGAGAGAGACGGGGAGGCUGAGAGAGACGGGGAGGCUGAGAGAGACGGGGAGGCUGAGAGAGACUGGGAGGCUGAGAGAGACUGGGAGGCUGAGAGAGACUGGGAGGCUGAGAGAGACUGGGAGGCUGAGAGAGACUGAAAGAGACUGGGAGCGAGAGAGGAUGGGAGGCUGAGAGAGGAUGGGAGGCUGAGAGAGGAUGGGAGGCUGAGAGAGGAUGGGAGGCUGAGAGAGGAUGGGAGGCUGAGAGAGGAUGGGAGGCUGAGAGAGACUGGGAGGCUGAGAGAGACUGGGAGGCUGAGAGAGACUGGGAGGCUGAGAGAGACGGGGAGGCUGAGAGAGACGGGGAGGCUGAGAGAGACGGGGAGGCUGAGAGAGACGGGGAGGCUGAGAGAGACGGGGAGGCUGAGAGAGACGGGGAGGCUGAGAGAGAGCGAGAGAGACUGGGAGAGAGAGGUAACAUGCAGAGCUAAAUAGAGGAGGAAGAGGGAGGGCGAGAGUGGCAUUGUGGGAAGGGUUGCUGAUACAGCACAAGCCAUCAGGUUUAUUUAUAGAGACCUCGCUGUCCAGCCCUUGGAUACAGCCAAUGAGCAGCUAGAGAGGAAGGGGGUGUCACACUCAGGAAGUUCUCAAUGUAUUCACUUCAGCAUUUAAAGGCACAGUGUGACAUUUCUCAGUGCUCGGCAGAUAGCCCUCAUAACUAUCGUCAUAUCCCUCCCAACUGAGGCCAGGGCAGAACAAGGCCUCUCAUAACAACAGCAGUUUCCAUGCGUUCUGAAUCUUCUGUUUUUUUUGUAGACCGGUUUUCUACUGCUUUGGAAUUCUGAUCCCAGUGCAUCUCCAGUCAUUACUGUAGCAUAAAACCACAACAUUGCAGGUGCAGCUGUAUUGUUAACCUCUAACAAUGCAUGGCCAAUGCUGAUGGAGAUGUAUUAAACAGUCUUUGCUGUAGAACAUGGUCGUAUUGAUCUGAAAGGCUGAUUAACUGUAACACUGUAAGCUCUGAGAGAGGUCUGGUGUGAGUGUGGUUACCUGCUCACAAUAAUGCAAAUUAUUGUGGAUAGUCAGAUUAAUAUAAUAGUUGAUUAAAAUGUUUACAUGCUUUGCAAGAAGAAUAAUUUCCCUAAUAAUCCUGUUUACAUGGACAUAUCUGAGGUCAGGCUUCCUGGAAAUAAAUGUUCUACCACAGCGAGCAUUUUUCAUUCUGAAUUCGGACAAAGUUUGUUUGUGAAAAUGACUUCUAAAACAGACUUCACUCGGGCUACAGAGGGAGGCUCGCCCUGCUGGUGCUAGCUAGCACAUGUGCAGAUCAAAGACACCUCUGGAAUGUCGGUGUUCACAUGUCCUAAUAAUGAAAAAGAUUGCUCAGUAAAUGAUCUGCCUACUGACAUAAUCAGUUUAAUAUUGAAUUAUUAGUGUACAUAUAAACAUACUGUGUGUGUUUCAGGUUUUAUUAGUUGUAUGUACAGGAUACACAUGGCAUACACUGUUCAACGAAGUGUUUACUUGCAGGUUCCUUCUUGACAAUUCAACAACAAUAAGAAAUAUUAUAAAUAUUUGUGUCUGUGUGUUUCUUUCUUUCUCUCUGUAUCUGUGCCGAAACAGAAAGCAGUUUGAGAUGAGUCACGUAUGUAAUGUUUCCUCCUUCCUUCUCAGCCCGCUCCUGAUGUCGGUGUUGGGACUCAUCCUAUAAUAGGAGGGAAUGCAUGCAGUCACCCCUCAGGAUUGAUGGCGCUCAGACGUGCUGUUUUGCACUUUGUUUAAACUACGGCCAUUGAUCGGCGGGCUAUUUCAAGUUGUAAUGUGUCGUUGAUACAUUUCACCCCCGUUACUAGUCACUUUAAAAUCCAGGGAUAAAAGCAUUGGCUGUGAAAUAUCUCAUCAAUUUCAUUAACCCCUUUUCAUAUGAUUUUUUUCUGCACUUUACUGGAGAUGUGCAAUUAAUGUGUUGGUUUUGCAGGACUCUAAGCACAGUGGUUGAGAUUUUCAUCAGCAACUUAGGACAUUGCACCAUAAGAUGUGUUGAAAGGGUUUGCACUAAAAGUAACCAAACCGUUGAACCGGACAUGCUGUUGGUACUGUUCAGCAGUAUAAGGUCAUUGGAGCACCAUGUACUCUGUUUAAUCUUCCUCACAUCUGGAGGGAAGAACAGAGUUGGGGACGGACAGACUGUAUAAAUUAAGGGACAUCAUUUCCCUGUCUUGACAUUUGACCAGCAGCAUUUUUAAUUGACCAGACAGUUGAGAGAUUUACUGGACCCACAUGUAUUGUGUGCGUAACCUGAUCAGGGACCUGAUCAGGGAGUCCACCCACAGUCCUCAGAAUGACAGAAAUCACAUUUUACAUGAUGGUCAUUCAUAUUAACAGAACAUGCAAGUCGAGGAUGCAACGAUGCGCGUCCUUCUUACUGAAUUCUGACGUGCACUUUGAAGAUGUUGGAAAAGUAAACGUGCAGUUAUUCUAACAAGAACAAGAAGAGUACCGAACAGCAACAUCACUAGCCUGUCAAUCUACUAUCCCCAUGGUGGAAAAGUUUAUCGGUCAGCUUGUCGAGAAAGAAAUGGCCCAUUCCAAACAGACUCUGGGACAGUUGUGGAACGAUAUAUCCCAAAUUCAUACAACCAGUAGACCUAGGCUACAUGAAAACGAGUCUGAUGCAACCGAUCAGAACGUUUAGCUUAAAAUGUUGAUAAAAUAUUAUUUCACAUUAUAAGCACAGCAAAGCACACAUGGUAGUAGGCUACGCGCUCAUUCCAUAAUGCAAUUCGCAGGAAAGACCGUUAGCAAAAGCGUAAAGCACAUACGAGUGGUUUCAUGUGACAGAUGGAAAAAUCUGUUUGAAAUUUAAGAAAGAGGGAAAUCUAAUAUGCAACAACUAGCACGGGUUGCAAAUGUGACUCGUAUUGUGCCUUUGGCUACUGGACAGUGUAAGAAAAGUUGAUUUAAAAUAAUUCCCUGGAAUAUGGUCUAAUUUUGGCUAGGCUACUUUGAGGCGAGGUAAGACAUGCCUCAGGUAUUAAAACGUUGAUGUUUCCAACAAUUAAGUAUGUUUUCAGAUUUUCCGCUCUGUGUAUGCUGUACGUGUGGUAAAUAUGAUACAUAACGAAUGUACUGUAUAUGCGCCAAUUUAAUUCCACAGAAUUAUGCAAAUGAACCUAAUAGACCAAUAAGAAUGACCAGUCAAGUGUCUUUCCAUCAAUGAAUAGGCUAAAAAGCAUUAUUUUGCAAUGUUUUGGCCGGCACCAAUUUUAUUCACCAGCUUUUCUUUAUUUUUUUUAUUGGCUAAAAAGCAGUCUAACGGAAACCCUGGUCUGAACUUAAAUUUGAUUCAAACUUUAACUUAGAACAACCAGGAUGAACAUAUUGUUGUAAACCUUCUACAUCCACAACUAGGUCAAAGCGUGGUCUGACUCAUUUUAUGUUGAAUGCCAGUGGAAUGAGUUUCCAGGCUGGUUUGCUGAGCCACUGGCGGAUGUUUUUUGUUUUUGUACAAGCGACCAGCCCACCUCUAGCUAAGUGAGUGAGUUCAAAAUUCUGCAGAGGCCAAGGUUUACCCAGGAGCCAGCGGUCCAAACUGCUGUGUCUUGGCUUUGGUAGAAAUCAGGCUUGAGCGUGUAGCACUGUCAAUACCACCCUCGACUGCUCUUACCAAGCCUGCUGUGUUCCAGCCAUGAUUUUAGCUCAACUGCAGUCAAACUGCAGGCAAAGCAAAGUCUCAAGACUGCAGAGAAUCUCAGUCAAGUUGAACCUGGGAUUCUGGCAGAAAAAACAGUCUGGUGGAACUUAAUGACGAAGCGAAGCAGCACACUAAACAGUGACUCGUCAUUUUUGUGUAGGAUGAUGCAACAAUUUUGUCACACAGUGGUUUGUCCCAUUGAAGCUCUAACCCACGUUGUCCAUCUUUGCUAGCUACCUUGAUGGAAUCAGAAGAUUUUAGUGCUCACAACAUUCAGCAACAAAAAUGGUUGGGUUAAGUUCCAUCUUCUAUAUCUUGUGAGAAGCCACCUCCUUUCUCUUUUCAUAUAAAAGCAGGAGUUGGAGCGAAAUAGUUCUGCUUGGAAAUACCCUCCUGGUUUUGAGGUGUGACAAUGUGGACUACUGACCUCCACAAAGAUCUCAUAUCUUUCUCUAUGUCACACACACAUUCACACAGACACACACACUCACAGACACACCGGGUUUGUCAGGUUGACCUGCGAUAAUGCUUUUUCUACUGAAACAGGACACCCUCUUGCAUAGAGAUAUUUCACUUCACCAUUAUUUGUGUGGUCUUUCUGGCAGGGAGCUAAAUGGCCCUGUGGAGUGGUACCCUACUAAGUAGCCACCCCACCCUCUUGCUCUACAUCCUUGAUAGGGUGUAUGUGUGUGACUUCAAAGAACAGCCAAGAAGGGUGUGUGAGAGAGCACAUGUGUGCUUUUCCUCUGCAGUGCAGUGCUCGUGCCCACACCCAUGGCAGUGCCAGUGUAUGUAUGAUGAGUUAGGAAGCUUCAUGUCGAUGUAUUUUUUUCUACAAUCAUCUCCCCCUCUCUCGUCCUUUCUCCCCCUUCCCUCCAUCUCAACGUCUGUCCUGUGAAGGUGGAAGCAGCUCAGGAUGCAAGCCCCCCUCCUCUACCCUCUGCCAGCCUGCCGCCUUGGGCUUCUCCCCCGCUGAGCCAACCAUGUCGAGCCAGCAUAGCCACCCCUCCUUCAGCAACAUCCACUCCAUGGCUGAACAGCAGCAGGUGCUGUCUGAUGCGACCAUACUGCAGAGGAGGAUCCCCCCAAGUUUUAGAGAUCCCGCCAGCGCCCCACUGAGAAAACUCUCUGUCGAUCUGAUCAAGACUUACAAGCACAUCAAUGAGGUGUACUACACGAAGAAGAAGCGGCGUGCCCAGCAGGUGCCCCCGGAGGACUCGAGCACUAAGAAGGAGCGGAAGGUGUACAAUGAUGGCUACGACGACGACAACUACGACUACAUCGUCAAGAACGGGGAGAAGUGGCUGGACCGCUACGAGAUUGACUCGCUCAUCGGCAAGGGCUCCUUCGGGCAGGUGGUGAAAGCCUAUGACCACCACGAGCAGGAGUGGGUGGCCAUCAAGAUCAUCAAGAACAAGAAAGCCUUCCUGAACCAGGCCCAGAUAGAGCUGCGACUGCUGGAGCUCAUGAACAAACACGACACAGAGAUGAAGUACUACAUAGUCCACCUGAAGAGGCACUUCAUGUUCCGGAACCACCUGUGCUUGGUGUUCGAGCUUCUCUCCUACAACCUGUACGACCUCCUGCGCAACACCAACUUCCGCGGCGUCUCUCUCAACCUGACCAGAAAGUUUGCCCAGCAGCUGUGCACGGCGCUGCUGUUCCUGGCCACGCCCGAGCUUAGCAUCAUCCACUGCGACCUCAAGCCCGAGAACAUCCUGCUGUGCAACCCCAAGCGCAGCGCCAUCAAGAUCGUUGACUUCGGCAGCUCCUGUCAACUAGGCCAGAGGAUCUACCAGUACAUCCAGAGUCGGUUCUACAGAUCUCCGGAGGUGUUGCUGGGCAUGCCCUACGACCUGGCCAUUGACAUGUGGUCCCUGGGCUGCAUUCUGGUGGAGAUGCACACGGGAGAACCCCUCUUCAGCGGCUCCAACGAGGUGGAUCAGAUGAAUAAGAUAGUGGAGGUGCUGGGGGUCCCUCCCAACCACAUGCUGGAUCAGGCUCCCAAAGCACGGAAGUACUUUGACAAGCUGUCCGACGGUCUGUGGACCGUCAAGAAGAACAAGGACAUAAAGAAGGUACUUUACCCCUCGGCCUCCGUGAGUAAAACUCUGCUCUUACUUAAUCUUCUCAUCUCAUCUCCGAACCACAUCUCUCCUGUCACUCACAACGCAGUAGGUUCAAGUUCUCCUGUCACUCACAACGCAGUAGGUUCAAGUUCUCCUGUCACUCACAACGCAGUAGGUUCAAGUUCUCCUGUCACUCACAACGCAGUAGGUUCAAGUUCUCCUGUCACUCAC